UCUCUGAAGAGAUGCCGAGUUUCCACGCAUCUAUAUAAUGAUAGCUGUUGUCUCAUCAGGGUGCGGCUGAAGAAGAUCAAGAACAAAGAGGAAAAGCAGAAGUGGGAUGACCGGCACUGGUCGCACAAGUCCUUGGAAGAGAUGCAAGAGCGUGACUGGCGCAUCUUCCGUGAGGAUUUCAACAUCACCAUCAAGGGUGGCCGCAUUCCCAACCCACUCCGUAAGUGGUCUGAGUGCGGCCUCCCCUCCGUCAUCCUUGACGUCAUCAAGGAGCUUGGCUACAAGGAUCCCACGCCCAUCCAGAGACAAGCUAUCCCCAUUGGUCUCCAGAAUCGGGACAUCAUUGGUGUUGCUGAAACUGGCAGUGGUAAAACACUGGCCUUCCUGCUGCCACUGCUAGUCUGGAUCACAUCUCUGCCCAAGAUUGAGAGGCAGGAGGAUGCUGACCAGGGGCCAUAUGCCAUUAUCAUGGCCCCAACACGUGAGUUGGCCCAGCAGAUUGAUGAGGAGACUACCAAGUUUGCCAAGAUGCUGGAAAUCCGUUCAGUGGCUGUCAUUGGUGGUCUCUCCCGUGAGGAGCAGGGAUUCCGGCUGCGUCUCGGCUGCGAGAUUGUGAUUGCCACCCCUGGUCGUCUGAUUGAUGUCCUGGAGAACCGGUACCUGGUACUGAGUCGAUGCACUUACAUCGUUCUCGAUGAGGCUGACCGCAUGAUUGACAUGGGCUUUGAGGGUGAGGUGCAAAAGAUCUUGGACUACAUGCCUGUCACCAACCAGAAGCCAGACACAGAUGACGCUGAGGAUGAAGAGAAACUGCUCGCUAACUUUGCAUCCAAACACAAGUACAGGCAGACUGUGAUGUUCACAGCCACCAUGCCUCCGGCUGUGGAACGCCUGGCGCGCUCCUACCUGCGAAGGCCGGCCAUUGUGUAUAUUGGCUCAGUGGGCAAGCCCGUGGAGAGGGUGGAACAGAUUGUGCACAUUGUCACUGAGUCUGAGAAGAGGAAGAAGCUGGUUGAGCUUCUCAACCGUGGUGUGGAACCGCCUGUUAUCAUCUUCGUCAACCAGAAGAAGGGUGCUGACGUGCUUGCCAAGGGUCUUGAGAAGAUGGGCUUCAAUGCGUGUACGCUGCACGGUGGCAAGGGCCAGGAGCAGCGUGAGUUUGCCCUGGCCAGCCUCAAGAAUGGUUCGAAGGACAUGCUGGUGGCCACAGAUGUCGCUGGCCGUGGUAUUGACAUCCGCAACGUCUCCAUGGUCAUCAACUACGACAUGGCCAAGUCCAUCGAAGAUUACACUCACCGUAUCGGCCGUACCGGACGAGCAGGCUUGCAUGGCAAGGCGGUAUCUUUUGUUACCAAGGAAGACUCCCACCUAUUCUAUGACCUCAAACAGCUGAUACUGAGCAGCCCAGUCUCCACAUGCCCACCCGAACUGGCCAACCACCCAGAUGCACAACACAAGCCUGGUACCGUGGUCACGAAGAAGCGUCGAGAGGAAAAGAUCUUUGCAUGAAUGGCAUCUCUCAUUGUUGUUUUAAUAAAACGAGACUGCUGAGUCACUCAGGUGUCUGACAGCAGUUUCUUACGUAUUGAUUGCUA